UAACCCAAACCGUCAACUGGGAUAUAUACCCCUCAUCCGUCAUAAGAAUCAAUUCGCAGUUCUUUAUUCCCGCUGCAAUCCUAUAGCGCCCGCAAGACACCCGGUACAAUGUCCAUGACUCACGAAAACUGCGCCGUCGUGCGCGACGGCUUCCCGCGCCCCGUCCCUGAUACCCCCUCCAACGUUCUCGAGCAGUUUAAGAUGGCCGGCAAGACGAUCGUUGUCACCGGCGCUGCAGACGGCAUUGGGUACGCGGUCGCUGAGGCGAUGGCCGAGGCUGGCGGCGAUGUCGCGCUGUGGUAUCACUCAAACGAUGCUGCGAUUGCAAAAGCUGAGGGACUGACGAAGGAGCAUGGUGUUAGGGCUGUUGCUUAUAAGGUUGAUGUAUCUGACCCUGAUGCGGUCCAGAGCACCAUCUCGACCGUUGUGAAAGACUUUGGCAAGAUCGACGUCUUCGUGGCCAAUGCUGGAAUGGCCAUCUCAAAACCCAUCCUCUCGCAGACACUCCCCGAAUAUAAAGCGCAACUCUCUGUCAAUAUCGACGGCAUCGUCUACUGCGCCAAGUUCGCCGGCGAAGUCUUCGCCCGCCAGCGCACUGGAAACCUGAUUAUCACUUCGUCAAUGAGCGCACACAUUGUCAACGUCCCCACGGACCAGCCGAUUUACAACGCGACGAAAGCGUUCGUCACGCACUUUGGCAAGUCCCUCGCGCGCGAGUGGAGGGAGUUUGCGCGCGUGAAUAUUGUUUCUCCGGGCUUUUUCGACACGAAGAUGGGGGCGAGUCCAGAGACGGUGAAUGAGGCGUAUCGAAUGGCGGUGCUGGGCAGGCAGGGAUCUACGAAGGAGAUCAAGGGAAUUUAUUUGUAUCUUGCAAGUGAUGCGAGUAGUUAUAUGACGGGGAGCGAUGUGCUGAUUGAUGGAGGAACAAAGCUGGUAUACCCCGCUAGCAUUGGCUUCUAG